AUGAUAGCAGAAUUGUUAGUAUUUCUAAUAACAUUCCUCGUCGUUUACUUCGUUUAUUUUCACAAAUUAGCAAAAGAUAAGUUUAGAAAUUGCGACGUGAAGUUCGUGCCAUGUUGGCCGGUAUUCGGCAAUGCCCGCAACAGCACAGUGAUGAAGAGACACAUCUUCGAAGACUUGGAUGCCGUUUAUAGAGCUUUCCCUGAUGAGAAAUAUGUGGGCUACAUCGAGGCAACCUUGCCGGUAAUCAUGGUGCGUGACCCUGAGCUGAUUAAGAAGCUCACAGUGGAGGAUUUCGAUCACUUCAUGGACCACAGGCAGUUCUUUCCCGAGGAUGUUGAGCCUUUGUUCGGGGGCAGUGUGCUUAUGUUGCAAGGUAAAAAAUGGCGCAACAUGCGAAUGACCCUCAGCCACGCAUUCACUAGCUCCAAGAUGCGACACAUGAUGCCGUUUAUGACCGAAAUCAGCCAGAACAUUAUCACGUACUUGAAAGAAAAUCUCAAAGAACACGAAGACGUAGAUGUUGGCGACGUCAUCCGUCGGUACACCAACGACGUUAUCACGUCAACCGCGUUCGGCAUCGGCGUCGACUCAAUAAAGAACAAAGACAAUGAGUUCUUCAAACUAGGCCAGGACAUCUUCACAUUUUCAAUUUGGCAGAGGAUCUUGUUCUUUGUUGCCUCCAUGUGGCCAAAUUUUAAUAAGAAACUACGGUUACCGGUGUUCCCUCAGAAAACGACCGACUUCUUCAAGACAAUAUUGACAUCCACAAUCGACCACAGAAAGAAAAAUAAAGUUGAACGUCCUGACAUGAUCCAGCUACUAAUGGAAGCUUCAAAAGGAACACUAAAGGACAACUCCAAUGAAAACGAAAAAGAUAGUGUUGGUUUCGCUACAGUAGAUGAAGCUCUAAAACCACAAGGUAUAUCUAGAAAAUGGACAGUGAAUGAAUUAACCGGUCAAGUUUUCAUAUUUUUCACGGCUGGCUUCGAAAGUUCUGGCAGUACCCUGGUCAUGGCUAUUCACGAAUUAACAAUAAACCCACAUGUUCAGGACAAAUUGUACCAGGAAAUUAAAGAAUUCAAAAUUAAGAACAAUGAUUUGACGUACGAUAACAUCGGUGAAUUGAAAUAUUUGGACUGCGUUCUAAAUGAAACAUUGAGAAAAUGGUCGGCUGCAUUGAUAUUGGACAGAUGUUGCACGAAAGCCUAUGAACUGCCUCCACCUAGAGAAGGAGGCAGGCGGUUUAAAUUGAAACCAGGAGACAUUGUCUACCACGCGGUGAACUCCAUCCACCUGGACGAGAAGUACUGGCCUGAACCGGAAAAGUUCGACCCUGACAGAUUCUCUGACGAGAACAAACAUAAAAUCAAGCCUUUUACCUAUAUGCCUUUUGGUGUGGGACCCAGGAACUGUCUUGGAUCAAGAUUCGCGAUUUUGGAGCUGAAGGUUCUUCUCUUCGAUCUAAUCUCCAACUACAAGAUUGUCAAGUCUAAGAAAACCCUUGAUCCGAUCGUCUUGGAACUAAGCCUAAGCCUAACUGUUAAGCCUAAGGGAGGCUCUUUUGUUCGAUUGGAGAAGAGAGCUUAAGUUGGGGGAUUCUACGGGUUAAGGGUAGUGAGUCUCACCAAUAAUAGGACAAAAUUAUGAU